CAACGAUGAGGGCAGGGGCGGCAGGGAAGAACUCUGCCGCCCCCAAAACUUUGCACCAAAGUGCAGCGCUGUGUGUGUGUGUGAAGUGGCAGGAGGGAUGAUGGCCUGUUCCAGUCCUGCUGCCAUAGUGGUUGAAAAGGAAGAAGAAGAUGAGACGCAGCUUAUAGACCAAAGAGGUGCAGCCGUGGAAGACAUGCCUGAAACGCCUCCCAAGCGAAGGAAAAUGGGGAACAAGUAUGGAGCGUUUGAAUCCAAGGAGCAGGAGCAGCUGAAGAAGUGUGAAAAGCUGGAAUCCAAGGCAAGGAAAGUUCUCAACAUGGCAUAUGAGAAAUUGUUCACUGCUUUGUCCCGGGGCCAAAUGCCAGAUGGAAUUAAAUAUCUCAAGGAGCGUAUGGACACCUUGAAGAAAAAGACUUCCUUGGACCCCAUUUGCAUCGGGUUCCUUGGACGUACCGGGGCAGGGAAGAGUUCUCUGCUCAAUGCCAUGAUAGGGAAGAGGCUGUUCUUGCCAGUUUCUGGGAACAGGGCGUGCACUUCUUGCAUCGUGCAGGUGAAGAGAAGCAAAAAUGACUACUGUGAAGCUACGAUUCACCUUCUCUCCGAAGAGGAAUGGAAGGAUGAGCUGAAGAAUCUUGUGGAGGUUUUGCGCAAAACUGGGGAUGACUAUGAAGAUGACAACUCUGAUGAGAGUGUGAGCGAAGCCAUAGAUAAGCUCUGUACACUUUAUGGGGCUGGAGCCGAAAACAAAAGUUACGAAGAAUUGCUGCAGACAAAAAUGACGGUGACUAUUCCUGCAAGAAGAGUAAUUCAGCUCAAGGAAAAGGAGGCAGAGGGGUUCUCCAAAGCUCUAGAUCCAUAUAUUCGUGUCGGGGAUGGAGACUGCAAAGCACUCUGUCCCUGGCCAUUGAUUAAGAAUGUGGAAGUGACUAUUCCAGGAUCAGAUAUUCUUCCAGAAGGCAUCACGUUUGUGGACAUUCCUGGCACAGGAGACUUUAACAGCAAAAGGGAUGAAAUGUGGGAAAAGAGCAUUGAAACGUGUUCAGUCCUCUGGAUUAUUAGCGACAUUGAGCGUGUCCUAGGAGAGAAAGUCCAAGGAUCAUUGCUGGAUGCGGGCAUCAAGGCUUACAUAGGAGGAAUCUGCAUGGACAUGGCCAUGGUGGUCACCAAGUCAGAUAAAUUGAACCUGGAGGAGUACAAGAGGGAAAGGGGAAAUAAAGAUGUUCCCAUUAAGAACAAACGCGAUGCCAUUUUGGAGAGGAAUGAAGAUGUGAAGCGGAAGAAGGAAAAAAGCAUGAAGGAGAAGCUGAAGAGAAGGCUGCUACCUGAUUCAGAACUUCUCCUCAAGCCCCAUCUGGUUUAUACGGUCAGCGCCACAGAGUUCUGGGAGGCAGCACAUCUCAGCCCAGAAGAAACAGAGAUACCAGAGCUGAGGAAAAACAUCAGGAGGAUCUAUCUGAACGAAAAGAAGAAGCUGGUGACGGACUACGUGAAUGAAGUUCUGGGCCUUCUCCUGCUUGCUGAGAACUUUGGAUCUGAAGAACAUCUUUUGGAGCAGCAUUUUCAGGAGAGCGGCGUGGAGGAGUUCAUGAACAAGGAGAUUGACACUUUGGGGAGGAAUCUUGAGAGAUGCUUCAGUGAAAUAGAACAGCCCCUUUGUGAUGGUGUUAAACAUGCCAGAACAAACUACAAGAAGAUUGUCGAUCGGAUGCUCACGAGAGAUGAUGGAUACAAAGGUUUCCACCGGACCCUGAAAGCGGUGUGCUUGAAGAAUGGUGUUUAUGCUUCUAAGGUGUUUGCACGCAUUGAUUUCAAUGAAAACCUUGCCAGACCUCUCUAUGAGAAAAUUGAAGGCACGUUUGGAGGCAUAUUCAGGAUCCAAAGGAUCACCAGAACCAGUCUGUGGGCCCAGCUGGAGAACUUUAAAGCUGCGGUUCAGGAGAAAAUACGCCAGAUUGGAAGAGACAACAAGCUACCAAAUGACCACACUAAGAUUAAAACCUGUAUUCAUGAAAUAGAUGUCAUCCUAAUGAAACUUAGACAAAAAAUCCUCACCAAGAAGACAGGCAUCUACCAGACUCUUCCAAUAGCCAUCCAAGAUGUUCUAAAGCCUCAUUAUCAAGAGGCCUCAAGAGUUAGUGGGUUCCAGUCCUGUCAGAAGAUGCAGGGAAUCCUCAGGGAGAAUAUUGAGAAAGAGGUGGCGAAGAAAAUGUUUGAGAAGGCCAAAUCAAAAAUGAUGAGUUAUUUUCUUGAACUGAAGGGAGAGAUUAUGGCGACUCUGGAAAAGGAAACUUCCGUUGUGCUCAAACUGAUCUUGUUGCAGCAUGAGCAGCUGGCUGUGAGGUUGCCAGAUAUUGAGAAUGAGUGUCGAGAAAUCAAGCGUCUCCACAGCAUGUUGCAAACUAUUGAUUAACAUGGAAGAGGUGACCAAGAUGCCAUUUCUUAAAAUACUGUCGGUAUGUUCUCUAACAUGGGUAUCCAAUUUGAUACUCUCCAACUGUUGAACUAUAACUCCCAUCAUCCCCAACCACAGUUUAUUGUGCCUUGGGAUGAUGGGAGUUGUAGUCCAACAACAGCUGAAGAGCCUUGGGUUGGCCACCCCAUUUGCUUUCAGUUGUGGGAAGGGCCUCAGUGAUUCUGGAGGCUUUACACACAGUCAUCUUCACGCUUUGUAUCAAAAGUAGCGGUGAAAGGGAAUUGAUGAGAAAGGGAGUUCCUUCCCAGCCUGUUUCAUUGGAUCUAAAUACAGAUUUUAAGACCUGAUCCCUUUUCUUUACAAAUGUUUUCUGGCGAUUUCACUGUAGCACCAUCCAUAUCAAAUACAGUUCAAGGACAGCUAUGCAGUGGUCAACUGAACUGUAACUCUGGGACCCGCAUCUCCUAAUCAAGAGCUGGAAUUUCCCCAAGGGCCCAAAAGAAGUAAGCAAUCAGUGAAGUCCGACAACUUAUUAAGAUCUUGUCACGCUCCUCCUGGGGUCGCCUAAGUGUGGGGAUUGGCAGGAUCUGUCAUGGCUCAGCUCAGCCUCGGAGUGUCCCCUGUGAGGGCUUGUUCUGCUCACAACACACACUGGAGAUGGAUGCCGCCCUGGGCCUCAGCCCCUAUCACAGAGCUCUUGCCAGGGCAAGUUCUCCUCAGCAACUGGCCCCUCAUCAUCAUCAUUAGCCUGGCCACUAAAAUGUCCCUGACAAUCAGAGCAAGUCCCACGAGAUCUUGGACCAAAAUCUCAUGAGACACCUCCAAUGCCCUGCAGGACAGUGCUGCUCUCCAGUGUCAUUGUGUUAUCCUCGCAAAGGGGCCAGGUUUAUGCGGGUUGGGCAGAACCACCCCCGAGGUCGGAGCUGCUUGGGACCACCAGCUCCAUGGCCAGGCUUUCAUGGAGGGCAGCCUCUAGAUCCUCGGGGCUUUGAGCCUUCUCCUGUCCGAUUCCCCCACUUUGGAGAAGUCCACCUAUAGUUGCCACCAGCUCAUCUGGUGGCAAUUCAGGGUUGGGACUUUCAUGUUCACCCCACUUCUAGUAGCCUUUAAAAGAGCUCUUAAGACACACUUACUUAAUCAAACUUUCGAUCAGCGUUGUGUUAAAAAUAAUGUAACUGUUUUAAUGGCUUGAUUUUAACUGUGGUUGUAUUGUUUUUAUUUUUCUUUAAACCGCCAUGAGACACUUAGCGUUGGUGGUAUAAAAAUGUAAUAAAUAGAAAAAAUAGACCUGUAUGCACAAAACCUUCCAUGCCUGUCUAUGGGCUUACUGAAAGGAGAGCAUCAAGGAGAGAGAGAGUCUGGCCUUGCUCUUCUGGCUCCCCUGGAGACAUCCCGAGGAAGGGGCCGGCAUUGCUACACACUGUGAUGGACCACGCUUUCUUCAGCUGCAAAGGCUGUGUAAUGUGCAGCAUUGAAUAAUUAAUUGUAAAUAUUAAGCAUUAAUUGUAAACCGCCCAGAGAGUUUUGGGUGGUAUAGAAAUAUUUUAAACAAACAAAUAAAUAAUAAACUCAUGCAGAAAGCCGAAAACAACCAAACCUGUGUUUAUGCUCUGUGGAGGAUCCACUUUGGUCCAGCCUUUAAGAACAUAAGUACAGCCCUGCUGGAUCAGUCCCACCAAGGCCCAUCUAGUCCAGCACCCUGUUUCACACAGUGGUGCACCAGAUGCUUCUGGGGAGCCCACAGGCAAGAAUUAUGUGCAUGCCCUCUCUCCUGCUGUGGCUCCCCUGCAACUGGGAUUUACAGGCAUCUUGUUUCUGAAGCUGGAGGUGGCCUUUAGCCACCAGAUUAGUAGCCAUUGAUAGACCUGUCCUCCAUGAAUCUGUCUAAGACCUUCUAAAGCCGUCCAGGCUGGUGACCAUCACCACAUCCCAUGGCAAAGAAUUCCAUAGAUUAAUUAUGCACUGUCUGAAAAAGUACUUCCUCCUGUCGGUCUUACAUUUCCCAACCUUCACUUUCAUGAGAUGACUCGUAGUUCUAGGGUUGUGAGAGAGGGAGAAAGAUUACUCUCUGUCCACUCUCUCCACUCCAUGCAUGAUUUUAUACACCUCAAUCAUGUCUCUCCACAGUAACCUCUUUUCCAAAGUAAAGAGCCCCAGAUGCUGUAGCCUAGCCUCAUAAGGAAGGUGCUCCAGGCUCCUGAUCUUCUUGGUUAGUCUCUUCUGCACCUUUUCCAGUUCUAAAAUGUCCUUUUUAAAAGAUUUGGUGACCAAAGCUGUACACAGUACUCCUAAUAAUUUUAAUAAUUUGUUUUAAUUACUGUUUUAUACUGUUGUUUUUAUUGUAUCUUGUGUAUUUUAUACAGUGCUGAUUUUUCCAUAUUUUAAAUCCUGUACACCACCUAGAGAUGUACAUAUCAGGUGGUAUUAAAAUAUGAUAAAUGAAUAAAAAAUGAAAUAAAUGUGGCUGCACGAUAGAUUUAUAUAAAUCUUGUAUAGAUUUCUAUAUUAAAACAUAAUAUUAGCA